AUGAACUACUUUAUCAUGGUUCAAUGUUUUAAAUGUACAAGAGAAGGACAUUAUGCCGAUCAAUGUAAUGGUUAUGACAAUCCUCCUACUUCUCGUGGUGUAGUCAACGGCUUGAAAUCAAUAGAACAAGCACAAAAGUUUAAAGCAGCUGCUUUCGGAACUGCCAACUCUACAAAUGGAACUGUUUAUUAUCCAUUUAAUAAAAAGUAA